AUGAUUGAACCUGCCAAUGUGGAUGAAUCAAAGCAAAAUGAGGCAGAUAAUAUUCAACAUGAAGAUUUAAAUCAAGAGAAUUGUUUUUCUUUAAAUUUUGAAGAUCCCGGAAAUUGGAAGGACAUCCACAUUGAUCAAAAGACGAGGGACUUUUUAGUUGAAAUAGGUCCAAAAAGAGUUGAUGGCAUCUUGUUUCCCAAAGAUAGUCAAGAAAGAACGAUGAAAAGUAUUGGUCAAUUGGGUAACGAGGGAUAUAAAGAUUGGCAUAAUAUGCAUCGUCGCCUUACAAAUCAUGAAGAGUCUAAGGAGCAUAUAGGCUCCAUGACUAGUUGGAUGGAACUAGAAAAUAGACAUACAAUUGGCCAUCAACAAAGAAAGAGAGCAUUGGAGACAAAAAUGGUUGCUGAAUUUGAUCCAAUAAUAAGAGAAAACAUUCGACGUGCUCAAGCACGUGAGAUUCAGUAUACAUAUCUUGGUCCUAAAAUUCAAAAUGAAUUGAUACAAACUUUGGCAGAUGCGAGUCAUGAGGAGCAAAUGUCUCUGGUAAUACGAUGUGUGGAUGAAUCAAUGGACUCUUCGAUGGUACAAGAAUAUUGGAUUGAAUUUUUGAAAGUGGACAAUACAUCAGGACUGGGACUUUUUACUGAACUUACAAAUGUGUUAACGAAUCUUGACCUUGAUGUUGACAAUAGAAGAGGUCAAGGGUAUGAUAAUGGAGCUAACAUGAGCAGGAGACAUAAAGGUGUACAAAAAAGGUUACUUGAAAUAAAUCCUAGAGCUUUCUAUACUCCAUGUGUGUUCUCUUCUUCUCCCAAACAAUGGAAAAUUUUUAAAUAUAAGAUUGAAGGUCUCACACUUAAGCCAUUGUCCCAAACACGUUGGGAAAGUCAUGUGGAAAGUGUCAAACCUAUAAAAGAGCAAUCUAUACAAAUAAGAGACGCCUUACUUGACUUAGCAAACAUUGUUGAAGAUCCUAAAACAAAGAGUGAAGCUGAGUCAUUAGCAACAUAUGAACUUGAAAAUUUUGAGUUCUUACUUGGUAUGGUCAUUUGGUAUAAGUUAUUGCAUGCUUUCAAUACUGUAAGUAAAUUUUUUCAAGCAGAAAAUAUGGAUAUUGAUGUAGCCAUCAAGCUUUUAGAAGCACUUAUUUUGUUUCUCGAAAAUUAUAGAGAAUCUGGAUUUGCCAGUGCCAUGGAUGAAGCUAAACAAAUAGCAGUUGAAAUGGGAAUUGAAGCUGUUUUUCGAGAGAAACGUAAUAUUCGAAGAAAGAUGCAGUUUGAUGAAAAUGGCAGUGAAGAGGUAACACUAUCAGCUGAAGAAUUUUUUCGAGUUGAUUAUUUUCUCUUUAUAAUUGACCAAGCUCGAUCUUCACUUCAAACUCAGUUUGAACAAUUUAAACAUUAUGAAGAGACAUUUGGAUUUUUGUUUAAUUCGGAGAGAUUAAAGAGUAUGGAUGUUAACCGUUUGUUGAAAUCUUGUAAGAAUCUUGAGCAAUAUUUGAGCCAUAAUGGACAUUCAGACAUUAUUGGUGAUGACUUAUGUACGGAGUUGUUAGUUUUGAAGUGA